UUGUGAGGUGAGACAGACUCUGUACUAGGUUAAUUACCCUUCACUUGUACUGUACGUUACGAUUGAAUCUGAACCACGCAAUUAAUGCAAAAAGUAUGCUUUAUUUGAAUGCUCCUUUCCUUUUUGUUAAGUGUUAGACCUUGUAGAAUUGUUAUCUUGUGUUUUGUUUUUUAGUCUUGACAGGACCAUGAAGGCACAUCUGGCUUAUCAACCUUGCCCUCCCUCUGCAAACAAAUAUCUGCAGUUCAAAUGGGACAAGGCUUCAUAUGACGCACACAGGGAAAAGGUGAAGUCAGCAAAAUCAAUGUUAAACAUCACUGCACCGAAGACCUACUCUCACCUGACUCAGGGCCUGAAGAAACAAAAGCUUGCAGAUGAAUGGAACCUGAAGGUGCAGAGGGAAAACAAUAUUCUUCUUGAAAAGAUAUUUCACAUCAUGAAGACAUCUGGAGGAGUUGACGACAGGAAUUAUUACAAAAGAAAAAGCCUGGGUAAGGAGAGAAAACAUCAGGAGUUGCUCCGCAUUACCAAGGAAAAUCAAAAGAUCCUGUUCCGUCUGGACCAUUGUAAGUCUACCUAUAAUGUGAAGAACUUCCAUAAGGACUGGCACAAAAAUGUCAAGCUGAUGGACAGCAUCGCACGCUACCCCAGAGGAUGGACAAAUCAGAAAGAGGGUCAAGAAAAAGCAAUAAAGAAGUCAAGCGGUUGUGGUAAAGACCAAAAGAUCAGUCGAGACAUAACCACUAAGAGUCUUGCAAGCAACAAAGCCAUGGGCAAAGUAAAGUCUAAGGGGAACAUUCAAGUUACAGCUGAUUCCGCCAUUCAUACUGCUGAAACAUCUCCCCCACUUGAUGGUUCCAAAACCUCCAACAACCCUCAUACACCUGAAACACCCAAGAAGGAGCCUGAAAAUCUUUCAGAAGGAUAAAAUAUCCGGUU